CUUGCGGAACAGCAAUGAGCGCUCUGCUAUGGCGCUGAGGAUGCAGGUGGUUUAUUUGUUGUUGCUGUUUGCAUGUCACGGUAAAUGGAUCAGUUGUACAGCUGAACUGCAAUAUGUUGUACCAGAAAGAGCAGAAAAUAUUUUGGCAGUCCACCUGUUCAAGCCAACUGUCAUCCAACUGCUAUCAAACAGAACAGUGCAUGUGCUAGUGAAUGUGAAUGAUAGCUCUGUGGUUGGGCUAAUUGCACAGGUUCAAGCUCAGUUUGAGGAAGUGACCAUUUCACAAUUCCAGAAAUUUAACCUGGAUUCAUCCUACACUGGACAAAGUGCUGGGUUGGUUAUUCCACUUAACCCAGGAGCGGUGAAAGCUGAUUUUUAUCUUACCUGUUCACAAAAUGUUUCAGCCUAUGUUACAGUUGUGUCAUAUGGAGAAAAAGAUCCUGUUCCUGGAAGUUGCAAUUUAGAAUUCAGCUUGGAAAAUGACCCCAAUCUUCAUCUCAAGUUUGGAGCAUAUGAAACCAUUGUAAAAUUUGCACCAGCCAAUCUAGGGGUAGCAAGAGGAAAAUUGCCUCCUGCAUGUGAUGUUAGCCUUGGGACCAAUUCUAGAUGGAGACUGAAGUAUACAUUAUACUUGCACUUUUUACCAGCAAAUGAUAUGAGUGAGGAGAUCUUGUUUAGUGGCAUUGAAAAGAUGACAUCUGCUACAGAGGUGGAAAAAUAUGGAAAUAAGCUUUUAGAUUUAAACUCAGGGGACAAAACACAGCUGUUUGUGAAUUCAUAUGCUGCCUUUGCUGUAAUCCACAACAUAAUCGUCUGGGAUCCACUACUGAAUACAUCCUUUGCAUAUGUUCCUUCAUUCAUCUAUACUUGCAACAUGUCUACCACUCUUCCUCCCGUUUGUGAAAAAUAUGUGCACCUCUCUACUCAGAUAUUCUUUACCAUUCUGGGAAUCUUUGGCCUCCUUGUUUGCUUUUCUGGACACCGGUUUCUUGAGGCAGAGUUUCUCUUUAUUGGGUUCAUUCUCUUUGCCUUUAUUUCCUUUGUGCUUAUGAGGCGAUAUACAGACAUCAGCUUUGACAUGUGUCUUAUCCUAACUGCUGUGGUUGGAAUUUUUGGAGGCACCUUACUAGCUCUAAGUCACUGGCAAUUUGGACUACCCUUCUUAUUAAUAUUUAUUGUUGGAUUUGUGAUGGGAUUGCUUGUGGCAUCUAUUGUUUAUUUCUCACCUGUUCUGGUAAAUCAGAAAGUCUUCCAGUCUGACCUAAUGUACUGGGUGUGUUUCAUCAGCAUUGUUCUAAUUGUUCCAGUGUUUCUGCUUAUCUCUGCCAAAAUGUUCAAUAUCAUCUGUUGUGCUCUGAUUGGUGCUUAUUCUUUUGUGUGUCUGGUGGGGACGUACUUUCCAACGAGUGUCAGCUACAUAUUCGUCAAUGUCAUCCGAAGGGCAGUCCACCCUGAUUUCUUUCAUGUCAUCACCCCUUUUCCUUUACAGUUGAAUGAUUAUGUAUUAAUCGGUGUUUGGACUGCGCUUGCCACAGGAGGUGUGUUGAGUCAGACUUACAUCACUAGAAACCAACCCUAUUUCCCAGGCUGCCCCUAUGAAUCCUGUAGAAAAAGAAGAAGUGAUGCUACCAAUGAUGAAAGGGCUCCUUUGCUUGGCUCCAGAGACAAUACUGCACUGAAUAGCUGAAAAGGGACUGUUAGAUUCUUGUCAAUAUGUAUAUAAGUAUUUAUACAAAGUUUUAUAUGUUUCAAUUACAUCACAAUUUUACUGAUGGAAAGAUAAAACUGCUACUGAUUAACAGACCAGGCAGGAUUAUUUGAUGUGCUCAUAAGGGUCUGAUAAACUACCAGAGGGUUCUUUCGCUUAAAUGGUUAUUGUUCUUGUAAUAAGAUUGAUGAUGUUCACUGAAACACUUCUGAACAAUGGUACAAACAACAGUAUCACUAUAUCCGUAACUUCCAGGAGUGAAAGAUAUUGCGCACAAGACACUAUUUAAAACAAUACCAAAUACGUAUGUCUUGUGCCUGUGCCAAAAUAGCAGCCCACAAUAUUAAUAGGGCUAGCUUACCAGUAACAUUAUUCCAGCUGCUUGUAUAACUUACAGAAACAGAUUUCAUCUUUACAUUUAAAGCUUAAUUAGUUGUAUGACAUUUUAGAUUUUUUAAAAAGGGCUCUUCUAAAGUAUCUAUCUAUCUAUCUAUCUAUCUAUCUAUCUAUCUAUCUAUCUAUCUAUCUAAAGUAGAGAAUCUUGGUGAUUACUGUAUAUGGAAAAUAACUUGUGACUGCUUUCCACAUAGUGCUGCCAUCUAGUGGUCACAGCUCACAGUUACACUCCAUAUCUUCAAAUGUAUUUUAAUGCUCAGUCAGCCUGGAUUACCCUGAGCUUCUUGUCUCCAAAUAUGUUUAGGAGUCCAGUCCGUCCAUCUGGACCAUCCUAUCCACAGUGUACUGUGAAAAGUGCCAGAACCCCUUCCACCAUGAAAUAUGAGAGUGUACCACAUAAGGCUGCUGGUGUCUAUACCAGUGGAAACAACAAUCCCCCCCACCCCCACCCCCCAUUUUAACUAAAUGCAUAACUUGAGGGUUUCUGUAUGAACCCUGGGUACACUUAAAAAGAAAAAGCUACUCCUCCAUAGUAAUGUCACACACUUUAGGAUAGAUGUCUGGAAUCUAUUUUUUUAUUCCUGUGGUCCAGAUUGAUUUAGAGGUACAGGCUGCAGGUAAAGCAGUUGCUGGAAACUUCUAUUACUGAACUAUGGUGCAUGUAUUUUGUUUUUUUUUUUUCAAUUAAAUUAUUUAACUCUGAGGCACUUUACUUAAUCAGUGUAUUCCAGCUGCAGCCUACACUCCAGGACGGUUUGCGAUAUAAUUGUUUCAUUAGUGUAUUUUGUUCACUUCAUUUAUUAUUUUAAAGUAACCUCUAACAAUAGAUUAAAGGGAAUUUUGAUAGAAUCAUACAUAUUUCUAAUUAUGUGAUACCUAUAGUAAUAUUUUGUAAGUAAAUAUUUUUCAAUACA